UAGUCUGUGAACCCCUCACUCUCCCUUAAGCAAAGCGACAAUGGUGACUUCUUCUCUGCUUUCGCUCUCCUUUUUUCUCAUCUCUUUCUCCUUUCUCCCCGUCCAAACAAUACUCUCUUCUUCGACAGAUGCCUUCGUCUUCGGGGGCUGCACCCAACAAAAAUACACACCCGACUCACCCUACGAAUCCAACCUCAAUUCGCUGCUCACAUCCCUGGUUAACUCAGCCACUUACUCCUCCUACAACAACUUCACCAUCAUGGCCUCAAGUCCCCAAGAUGUCGUCUACGGCCUUUACCAGUGCCGCGGGGAUCUUUCGAUGCCGGACUGCGCCACCUGCGUCGCCCGCGCAGUGAGUCAAACCGGGUCCUUAUGCCCCAGCGCGUGCGGUGGCGCGGUACAGCUUGAAGGCUGCUACGUCAAGUACGACAACGCCACGUUCCUGGGAGUUGAGGAUAAGAAUGUGGUGACGAAGAAGUGUGGGCCGUCUGUGGAGUAUGAGAAGGAGUCGGAUAUUGUGGGGCGGAGAGAUGCGAUGAUGGCGGGGUUGAUGGGCGGAGGAGGGUUGUUCAGAGUGGGUGGGUCGGGGGAAGUUCAGGGUUUGGCCCAAUGUGUGGGGGAUCUCAGCUUAGCUGAAUGCCAGGAUUGUUUGUCGGCCGCCAUCCAACGGCUGAAAACCGAAUGCGGCGCUGGUACUUAUGGUGAUAUGUAUUUAGGCAAGUGUUAUGCUAGAUUCUCCACUUCUGGCUCUCGAGAUAAUGAUCACUAUUAUCCCAAAUCCCAUAACGAUAAAUCUAACAUGGACGGUGAGAAGACAUUUGCAAUUAUCAUUGGAUUAUUGGCUGGGAUCGCUCUGCUCAUCAUUUUCCUUGCUUUCCUAAGAACAGUGGUGGACCGAAAUGGUAAAUAAGAUUCCAACUUCUUUUCCAGAAU